GACCCUUCCUUUCACCCCAUCCUCAUCACCUUUGUACAAACUGCAUGGCCACCUCUCUGAUCCUGUCCGCAUCUUCACCAUUUCCGGCGAGUUUUCCGGGCACAGAAUCCCAUUGAGUGAGGAUCUACUCCAUGCUCGAAUGGUCAUGGAGGCGAAGCUACCUGAUUCGUCAGAGGAGGCUGAUAGUUGGGGUGUUGAGAUUGAUUAUGAUGCCCAAUUCAACGACCCUGAUGUUCGUAAUGGUAUUGUGACAUGUGCAGCACUCUCCCUCGAUGGUCAUCAUAUAGCUCUCGGUUUUGGUAGUGGUGUCAUCGAGCUUGCCGAUAUCGACCAUCAGUGCACGAUUUCCCGAUUCCAGCUCGAUCCACCCAACCAUCCAGUCUGGAUUGAAUUUGUCCACGGCAGCCACCGGGUUGCUGCUGAGGACAAUGAAGGGAACGUCACCAUCCUUAGCCAUGAUACGACCCCCAUUAAUCUUGGGACUCUUCCCAAUGGUCCUCUUCCUGCUGUAACUCGAGUAUCAGACAAUGGAUUAUUCAUCAUACGGGUUCCACGGGACACUGAUAACUCUUGGUACGACAACAUGACUCUCGUAUCCAUUUUGGGCGACCCACACAUGCAGCUCCUUGCUUCUCCUCCCGAGUCCGACUCUCUUGCCAUUAUUCACCGCCACAAGCCUGCUAUUCCUCAUCGUCGCACGCUUGGAUUUUCUCCGGGAGCACGUUUUAUCGGCGCUUUUGAUGGGCUCAGUGCUUUCACCUGGUCGACAGAUUUGGUGACAGAUAGCCAUCAAAGUUCCAAAACAGAUGCGGUGGAUAACUUGGAUGAGUCCUGGAUCAAGUGUCCAUUUUAUGUUAUCUCACAAAGCACGAAGGAGGAGAAGGAGGAGGGGUUGCGGCGGGAGUCUGACAUCCGUUCAUUCGCUGCAGGACGAACCCCACUGUUCGGAACCGGUAUAAAACGCACUGGGCUACCAAUGUUCUUCAAUGGAAAAUUAGAAUUCGUUAUUCCCAAGGAGUAUCGACCAGUUGUUUCUUCUCAUGCCAAAGCCCUCGGUCCAGCCAAGAUGGGACUCGAAUUCUCUUCCAAGGCUGGCAGACAGCUCCAAUUGUUGUUGAUCUUAGCCAAGUCAUUUAGGAUGUCCGUAGUCAAUUGCGUAUUUACCUUGCGCGCUCGUUCUACCCACUAUCAGGGGGGGGGCAAUCUACGACCAUUCCUACCUUGUACUGUCAUUUAGUCCUGGGUCAGACAAAAUUAGUGUUGCGACCACAGAGAUUUUUUGAUUUUGCUCUUUUUAUAGUUCCUCAAUUCACUUUCACUCCGUAUCGACUGAGUCAAAUUUUCCGUUAUCACUUCUUUGAACGCACUAAAAAUCGAUAUUUCCUUUCCUAGUUCUAUCGUUUCACCCAGCGUUCAUCCUCAGCUGCACAUAAGUAACGUAACAAAAAGACCGACGUAGUAUAAGUGCUAGAUAUGUGUCCGUGCGAGCGUUUAGUGAAGAUCCUCACUAAUAUUCACG